CUUUUCGCCUAACCACCGGCGUACCCAGCAGACUCACCUCUGUCAAGUGCCAGGCAAGGUGACCCAUGGCAACGCACAGGCAAGAUGUGUCCAUCUUCAACAUGACCCGCCUGUCCCUGGCUAUGGCUUUUUCCUUUCCCCCAGAUGCCAAUGAGCAACCCCACUCUGGGCUGGACAACACCCACCAACAGACAAAGGAGUUAGGAAAGGAAAGUACUACCACCGGAACUAUGCCCUGCCCAUACCCAGCACUGACCACAGAGCAGAAGAAAGAGCUCUCUGACAUCGCUCACCGAAUUGUGGCUCCAGGCAAGGGCAUCCUGGCUGCAGAUGAGUCCAUUGGAAGCAUGGGCAAUCGCCUGCAGUCCAUUGGCACUGAGAACACUGAAGAGAACAGGCGCUUCUUCCGCCAGUUGCUGCUGACUGCUGAUGACCGUGUGAAUCCCUGCAUUGGGGGUGUGAUCCUCUUCCAUGAGACACUGUACGAGAAGGCAGAUGAUGGACGUCCUUUCCCCCAAGUUAUUAAGUCCAAGGGUGGUGUUGUGGGCAUUAAGGUAGAUAAGGGUGUGGUGCCCCUGGCAGGAACCAAUGGCGAGACUACUACCCAAGGGCUAGAUGGGCUGUCUGAACGCUGUGCCCAGUAUAAGAAGGAUGGAGCCGACUUUGCCAAGUGGCGCUGUGUGCUAAAGAUUGGGAAACAUACUCCCUCGCCCCUUGCCAUCAUGGAGAAUGCCAAUGUUCUGGCCCGUUAUGCCAGCAUCUGCCAGCAGAAUGGCAUUGUACCCAUUGUGGAGCCUGAAAUUCUCCCUGAUGGUGACCAUGACUUGAGUUGUUGCCAGUAUGUAACUGAGAAGGUACUGGCAGCUGUCUACAAGGCUCUGAGUGACCACCAUGUCUAUCUGGAAGGCACAUUGUUGAAGCCCAACAUGGUCACCCCUGGUCAUGCUUGCACCCAGAAAUUUUCCAAUGAGGAGAUUGCCAUGGCAACAGUCACAGCACUUCGUCGCACAGUGCCACCUGCUGUCCCUGGGGUCACUUUUCUGUCUGGAGGGCAGAGUGAGGAAGAGGCAUCCAUCAACCUCAACGCUAUCAACAAGUGUCCCCUGCUGAAGCCAUGGGCCUUGACUUUCUCCUAUGGCCGAGCCCUGCAGGCCUCUGCCCUAAAGGCCUGGGGUGGGAAAGAGGAGAAUCUGAAGGCAGCUCAGGAGGAGUACAUCAAGAGAGCACUGGCCAACAGUCUCGCUUGUCAAGGAAAGUAUACCCCAAGUGGCAAGACUGGAGCCACAGCCAGCGAAUCUCUCUUCAUCUCUAACCAUGCCUACUAACCAGAGCUAAUCUAAUGCUGCUGCAUCAACACCCCAGGCUCUUGCCUACACACUUGCUAUUGAAGAGCGGACUUCAGAUUCUUUCUCAUCACUCUUGCUGCCCUCAUGUGUGUGUGGUGUUGUCUGUGAAUGUAAAUCUGCCAUCCCUUCCAGCCCACUGCCAGUAAACAACUAUUUAAGGGGAAAAAAGAAAGAAAUGUUUGUGAAUGUACACAAUUGUGUAAACAACAAUUAAUGAAAAUACAGUCCAUAAGUUUGAAAGGAAGCAAGCAGGGGCUUAUGGAAGGAUUUGAAGGGAGAAAAGGCAAAGGAGAAAUGUGAUUAUACUAUAAUCUCAAAAAUACAAAAUAAGAACAUAAAACACGAAUUUGUUUCAACUGAACUAAUACCUAUGCAUCCAUUUCACCUUAAACCAUUUAUCUACUUGCCCUUAUUCUCCUACUUGCUAAAAUGCUGUAGAAGAGUCUGUCAUUGCCUAUUAAGAGCGAAACAAUACUAUCCUUCUGUUUAUCCUACCAUAAAUGACAGUCUCCUAGAAAAGGAGAUUCACAUCGGAAGUAAGGAUUCAUAAAGACAAGCCAAGGAAAUUAAAAAUAAGAUGAAAGACUUGGGUUAUCAGUCAUAUUUGUCAGUACUUGCUUCUGGAGUAGUGAAUUAAAGCAAUUCUCCCUGUUGAAAAAUAAAAUGAAGAUCAACAGUCAAAAAUAAAUAAAUAAAAGGAGGGAGG